AUGACAUGCAACCGCAACUACUUCUCGAAGAUAGACGAGUCAGUCACAGGAAAAGUACGAUUUGGUGAUGACUCUCGAGUUGAUAUAAAGGGAAAAGGCUCAAUUCUCUUUAUAAGCAAAGACGGAGAGAGGAAGGUCUUGGCGGAUGUCUACUAUAUACCAGACUUGAAGAGUAAUAUUAUAAGUCUUGGUCAGGCCACAGAGUCAGGGUGUCAAGUUAGCAUGAAGAAAGAUGUGUUAACACUGCGAGAUCGAGAUGGAAACCUACUGGUGAAAGCAAACAGAGCCAAAAACAGAUUAUACAAGGUUUUCAUGGAAGCUGAGAAUACAAAAUGCUUAUCAAUGGAGACACUAAACGAUGCGACAAGGUGGCACGCAAGGCUAGGUCACAUUGGACGGGAUACAAUGAAAUCCAUGGUGAGUAAAGGGAUUGUCAUUGGGAUUCCACAAGUGACAAUCAAGAAGGAGGCAUGCUCUUCAUGUUUACUUGGAAAGCAAGUUCGAAAAGUCUUUCCUCAAGCAACCACGUAUCGAGCAGGAGGGAUACUGGAGCUUAUUCGUGGAGAUCUUUGCGGUCCUAUUACACCUCCUACACCAGCCCGGAAUCGAUAUAUAUUUGUCUUGAUCGAUGACUACUCAAGGUACAUGUGGUCGAUUUUGUUGAAAGAGAAGAGUGAUGCUUUCGACAAAUUCAAGAAGUUCAAGAGUUUAAUCGAGCAAGAGACAGGAGCUGCUAUCAAAACAUUCCGAACAGACAGAGGUGGUGAGUUCUUAUCCCAAGAGUUUAAAAGUUUCUGUGAUAAUGCCGGAAUCAAGAGGCACCUGACUGCACCAUACUCGCCACAACAGAAUGGGGUCGUUGAAAGGCGAAACAGAACACUGUUAGAGAUGACCAGAAGCACAAUGAAACACAUGGGUGUACCAAACUACUUGUGGGGAGAAGCUGUGAGGCAUGCCACAUAUCUCAUUAACCGAGUCUCAACAAGAAGUCUUGUAGAUCAGACACCUUAUGAAGCUUUCAAGGGAAGAAAACCAAACGUAGAUCACUUGCGAGUCUUCGGGUGUGUUGGAUAUGCCAAGGUAGAGACACCACAUCUAAAGAAGCUAGAUGAUAGAUCACGAGCUCUGGUGCAUCUAGGAACUGAGCCGGGUUCCAAAGCUUAUCGACUUCUUGAUCCAACGAGCAGGAAGAUAAUCGUGAGCAGAGAUGUUGUUUUUCAAGAAAAUAAAAGAUGGAAGUGGGAUAACUCGAACGAAAGUGGAGAUGAGUAUUAUGAGAUGUUUGAUAGCACCCUGGGAGAGUGGGAAGUAAAAGAAGCAGAGAUGACAUAUACGGGCAGUGAGCAAGUUAAGGAAGUUUCAUCGGGUGAAGAAACAGAGACUAUAGUAGAAGACAGAGAAGCACAACCUGAACUCAGGAGAUCGAGUCGUGAACGUUUUACUCCCGGCUACUUAAGUGAUUACGUUCUGUUGGCAGACUUUGAGGGAGAACGUCUUCUACUGGCUUUAGACGAGGAACCAUGGAAUUACAGUGAAGCAAAGGAGCUACAAGUGUGGAGAGGUGCUUGUGGAGAGGAGAUAGCAUCGAUAGAGAAGAAUAAAACGUGGAGUCUAGUUACUCUUCCGUUUGGUGCUAAAGCAAUAGGACUAAAGUGGGUUUUCAAAAUCAAGAGAAAUCAAGAUGGAAGCAUUAACAAGUACAAGUCGAGACUGGUGGCAAAGGGCUAUGUACAAAGACAUGGAGUUGAUUUUGAAGAGGUUUUCGCUCCUGUAGCUAGGAUCGAAACCAUUCGGUUCAUUAUUGCUUUAGCUGCUUCACAAGGUUGGGAGGUACACCAUCUUGACGUUAAGACAGCGUUUCUUCAUGGAGAAUUAAAGGAGGAAGUCUACGUCAGUCAACCCGAUGGUUUUGUGAUUAAAGGGAGCGAAGACAAGGUGUAUAAACUACACAAGGCACUUUAUGGAUUGAAGCAAGCACCACGAGCAUGGAAUACUAAACUCAAUCAGAUCCUCAAUGAAUUGGGUUUUGUUAAGUGUUCAAAGGAGCCAUCACUAUACAGGAAGGUGGAGAAAGAUAAGCUUCUUCUUGUAGCUGUGUAUGUUGAUGAUUUGCUUGUCACAGGUUCUAGCUUGGAUCUGAUUUUGGAAUUCAAGAGAGGAAUGUCUAGCAAGUUUGAGAUGAGUGAUCUAGGAAGAUUAACGUAUUAUCUCGGGAUUGAGGUAAACCAACAUGAAGAUGGGAUCACUCUGAAGCAAGAGAGAUAUGCGAUGAAGAUUCUUGAGGAAAUCGGAAUGCUAGAGUUAAAUGCAGUCCACACACCCAUGGACUCCAGUUUGAAGCUAUCUAAGGCACAAGAAGAGAAGAGGAUCGAUGAAAAGAUUUACAGAAGAAAUAUUGGAUGCCUUAGAUAUCUCAUUCAUACACGACCGGACUUAUCUUACUCUGUUGGAGUAUUAAGCAGGUACAUGCAAGAGCCAAGAGAAUCACAUGGAGCAGCAUUAAAACAAGUUUUAAGGUACUUGUGUGGAACAUUAAGUCAUGGUCUCUGCUUUGGUCGUAUGAAGCAAACUGGUUUGGUAGGCUAUAGUGACAGCAGUCACAAUGUGGAUGUGGAUGACGGCAAGAGUACAGGUGGUCAUAUUUUUUAUCUCGAUGAAUGUCCAAUAACGUGGUGCUCGCAGAAGCAAGAAACUGUGGCUUUGUCUUCGUGUGAGGCAGAAUUCAUGGCGGCUACCGAAGCUGCCAAACAGGCAAUCUGGUUACAAGAACUACUAAGUGAGGUUACAGGAAAGGACUGUGAGAAAGUGGUGGUCCGAAUCGAUAACAAGUCCGCCAUAGCACUCACGAAGAAUCCUGUAUUCCAUGGAAGGAGCAAGCAUAUACACAGAAGGUAUCACUUCAUCUGUGAAUGCGUUGAAAACGAACAGGUCGAGGUAGAACAUGUUCCGGGAGACCAGCAGAAGGCUGACAUUUUCACUAAGGCACUUGGGAAGAUCAAGUUCAAGGAGAUGAGAAAUCUCAUUGGGGUUCAAGAUGUGUCCAAAUGUGUUUUCAAGCUUAAGGGGGAGAAUGUUGAGAUAAGUUUGAAGAAAGCUUGA